AUGUUUAUUAAGGUUAAAACUUUAACAGGUAAAGAAAUUCCUAUCGAAGUUCUACCAGAAGAUAAAGUUUUUCACAUCAAAGAGUUAUUGGAACAAAAAGAAGGUAUCCCACCAUCUCAACUAAGAUUAAUUUUUCAAGGUAAACAAAUGUAUGUAUUCAAAAAAAUUAUUUAUUUCUAUUACGUUUUUUAUUUAUUACAAAUUUCUUUUUACUAA